GUGGCAGACUACUGUAGGUGGGGUGUUGAGGCAGUCACACGCAGCCUGUAGAAGGGCCCCUAGCGCCAGACAUUAGUACUGGUCUGCCUGAUUACACCUACUAUCGGAUCCACAGCUCGAACAUCACAGUGUUGUCGAGGCAGAAACACGGUCAGGCGUAUGGACAGGCAACCGUAGCUCCGCAGAUCCCUCCCUAUGUAUCCGUGCACCAAACGGACUACACCGACGAGUAAUUUUUGGCACAUAUCUGGACUCUUCUGUACGCUCUGGUCUCUCACACCGCAGGGCCUCUUCAGUUAACAGAAAGAAAGUGGGUGUUUGGUGGUGUUCCGGCAGCAGCAGCAGCAGCAGCGGCGGCGGCGAGCGCAGCGAAGUGUCCUCGAUGGCAGGCUGGAAGGACGGCUCGGUGCAGGAGAAGUAUCGGCUGGUUGUGGUCGGCGGCGGCGGAGUCGGGAAAUCAGCCCUGACUAUCCAGUUUAUUCAGUCGUACUUUGUCACCGACUAUGACCCCACGAUUGAAGACUCUUAUACCAAGCAGUGUGUGAUUGACGAAAGGGCGGCCAGACUUGACAUCCUCGACACGGCUGGACAGGAAGAGUUUGGAGCCAUGAGAGAACAAUACAUGAGGACAGGGGAGGGCUUCCUGCUUGUCUUCUCAGUCACUGACAGAGGAAGCUUUGAAGAAAUCUACAAAUUCCAAAGACAAAUUCUCCGAGUGAAAGACAGAGAUGAAUUCCCUAUGAUCCUUGUAGGAAAUAAAGCAGAUCUGGAACUACAGAGACAAGUAACCCAGGAAGAGGGCCAGCAGCUGGCCAGACAACUGAAGGUCACAUAUAUGGAGGCUUCAGCCAAAAUCCGUAUGAAUGUAGACCAGGCUUUCCACGAGCUGGUUAGAGUAAUCAGGAAAUUCCAAGAACAGGAAUGUCCACCGUCGCCAGAACCUACAAGAAAAGAGAAAGACAAGAGUGGCUGCCAUUGUGUGAUCGUCUGAGUCGGCCUUAUCACUGUAACUCAUGCAGCUACUCUCUACCACCCCACCCACUCUGCCUGACAUCACAUCCUAAGUGGAUGACUGACCGCUGCCUUCUCCACGUGCAUGACUUCAGACAGCCUUUUCUGAAAUACUUUGAUCAGGAACUGCUGUCCCCAGGACAUCACUAUGGACAACUGACAAUGCCAAAUUUUAACACCACUCUACCUUCAGCCCUAAUCUAAUUCACAUGAGAGAGUCCCAACACUAAACAUUGCCUUCUAAAUCAGCCUGACAAAUUAAUGUUUUGUACUCUGAAGGACUUCUCUUGCCUUGAUGUGACAUUUGUACUUGCUACCGAGAUUGAAUGAAAACUAUAUAUCCAGAAUGUUAAUGAGUUUCUUCAGUUUUCCGUGUCUGACCAGAGCAGAGAUUAUCUUAUGAAGCUUUGUGUAUGUUGUGCCAUAUCCACCUUUGCUCCCAUGUGCUAAUCUGCUACUGUACAUAUGUGACAUUUGUUGUGAUUUUCAAAGUGUACUUUUAAUGAUCUAUUAAAUCACCACAGUGCAGUGUGUGAGGUUGAGUUUGGUUUUACGUAUAUGAAAAUGAAUAUAUAAGUAUGUAUAUAAAUAUAAAGCCUAGACAGCCCUUAAAGCUACAAUGAUAGAACUUUCUGGCAUUCUGCAGUGGAUUUUUCUUCUUUGCCUGUGGUUUCUGCUUUCAUCUCAAUUUCCAAAUAUGGAGUGUCUACUGUAUUUGAUUUUUUUAUUUAAAGUCUUAUAGAUUGAACCAUUCUUAUCAUAUGCCAUCUCCUCAGUGUACCGAAAGUAGCAAAUUUGUCUGAAAUCUUUUCCUCGAAGGUGGCGGUUCAGUCAAAAUUGGACAUCAUACAUUGUUUCAGAUUUCUAAGAAGCAGUAGAUGAUUUUAUUGGUAGCACAUUGUGUAUCUUUGACAACUAACAUGAUUUCAGAUCAAAGCACUGAACACUGUAUGUUCUAUAUUCAACUUCUGACAAGUAAUGUUAUCAAAUCCAUUUGUUGCAAAUCAAGAAGCUUUCAGAGCCCCGUUCAGUUCAGAUCAUUCCAAUGUAAUGCAUCUUUUCUGUCAAACAUUUAGUCUACGAUAUAGAUCAAAUCAAAAACUGUUAUAUCAUUCCAAUAACACAGUGGCAUUGUAAUUGUUUUGUGUCCUUGAAUUAUUCUCAUAGAUUACUUUUUUUUUUACCCCCCAAUGAUUUGUCAGUUGGAAAACCAGGACAAGUGGAAGCAUUGAGCCGCACAUCGUAAAAUAGCCGUUUUCCAACGGGACGUGAACUCACCGGACCUGCCACCUGUGGAGCUAUCAUCACCACAGGCACAAAAUGCUGUUCUGCCUCCCCUUUCCACUUCUGUACUUCUGUUCGGGCAUAUAAAUGAAGUACUGCAGUUUUUUUUUCAUGUCAUCAUCUUGUAAUAUAAACAACAAGAAAAUCAGAUGAUGGAGCUAAUGGACUUGAUUAAAUGUUUCUACUCUACUUUUAUACAUUAUUUUCUUAUCAAACUAGUUGACAAGUAUUUUUAUAUGUUUAUAAGUGAAUACACAUUCACAGCAUAGCUGUGUAUAUAUGUAAAGAGGAAUAUUUAAUUAUCUUGAUUAUUUUAAACUGAAGAUAACUGUUGGCCCAAAUUUACAAAAUUGGACUCUUCACCCAGAUGUGACCAGAAGGUUAUUUCUUAUUGUGGCUUCGUAAUGGAGAAUAUAUUUAUCUUUGAGGUGUUCACCACCAGCUCAGAGCGUAAAAUUCCAGGUCAGGUGGGAGAGGGUCUUAGAAAUGAUUCUGGUCUUUAGGAGCUUAAAACUACAUGAAGGAAUUAUUAUAAUCAGUGAGUUUUGAAAUACCCACUUCCCAUCUUAUUGGAAAUCCUAGUGUACAUCCAAAUCAUACUGUUUCUUUCUUUUUCUUCCAUAUCGGUGUCUUGCCCUGUGUCUAGCUUUUGGUGCAAAAAUAAAAUCUGUCAUUGAGCCA